UGUACACCUCCGACUUCACCAACGGAUGAGAACACACCAACUUUAUUGCUGGAUGCUGGUUACGAUGAUGAUGGUACGAGCGUGAAUGCAACGCAUAUCAGCUAUGAUAACGACGACACGAACAGUGACGAGUGCCAGUCGGUAAAUGAUGCGUACGCGAAUAUACCGAACGUUAAGCAGUUCAGAAAAAUCGCAAAAAUCGCCGAGAUCGGCUUAACGGUUGAAGCAAUUCUGCUAUUGUUGGUUGUCACGAAUACGGUGAUGCUUUCGAUAUUGCUGUUGAAAACCAAAGAUCACUUGUCCACUGCUACAAUUCUAUUCAUUUUCAAUAUUCUCUUCUCGAACGUGCUUUUCAUCGCUUCUUUCGUCGGAUUAUUCGCCGAUUUUCUGGACGAUGAACAAUUUGGACAACUCUCUGAAGAGUGUUAUUUCUAUGAAAUGCUGCUGCUGGUGAAAUAUUGA